UCCUCUCCUCCCUCCCAAACCCUAGAGCGACAGCAAGUUUUCUUUACCAAAUCUGAUUUUUCUCCAGCAAAUCGAGUAUUGGCGUCGAAGUAUGUAAGUGAUGGAGAGAUUGUUCUAGAAAUAUUUUAAAAUCAGCAGAAAAACUUGGAUCUAGGGUUUCUGUUAGCGAUAAAAGUGUUUUGAAUGUUUAAUCGAGGGUUCUGAUUACUGUCUAGUACUCCGUUCAUUGAAGACAUCUACUAAUUUGCGUCGGCUAAAAUCACCUUCACCUUCCACAAACACACACACAGAGCUCCCUCUCCGCCAUAAACCCUAGAAAACCAAAAAUUACCUGCAAUUUCGUAGCCGAGAAGGAAGAAAAAUUCCAAUCAAAGAUGUCUUCAUCAAAGAAGAACCAUUACAAAGAGAAGAUGAUGAAUCGCAAAAAGGAGAAAGAUAGAGGAGGUGAAGAGAAACCAGAAGAGCCUGAAUUUCCGAAAUACCAAGACAGAGCUAAAGAAGGAAGAGAAGAUCAGAAUCCUGAUUAUGAAGCGUCUGAAUUGGGUUCCUUUCAUGCUGUUGAUCCUCCUGAUGCUGUUGAUCUUAGACCUGAAGAUGCUAUGAAGAUAUCGAUCGAGAAUUCGAAGUAUCUUGGAGGGAGGUGAAAUCUAUGAUGCAAUGCUGAACCAAACAAAUCUCUCAGACAAUAAUAAAUCAUAUGGUGGUGGAGAUUUCAUGGUUUUCACUAGAUGGGGUCGAGUUGGAGUUAAAGGACAAAACAAGUUACAGGGACCUUUCACCUCCAGAGAUGUAUUCAGGAAUUUGAAGAAAUAUUUUACGCCAAGACAAAAUCUGUGGUCUGAGUGCAAGAAUUUUGUUUGUCACCCGAAACUUUACACUUGGUUGAAAAUGGAUUACGAAGAAACCGAAAGUGAAUCAGUUGUAAGUUUAUCUAAGUAUGAUGCAGCAACGGAUGAUUGAAAUAGGGAUAUAAUGCAUCAGUGCCAAGCGUGAUAGGAAAACACUAGAGCAAUUGACUGGAGCUUUCUACUCUGUUAUCCCUCAUGACUUUGGUUUCAAAAAGAUGCGCUGAUGUUGUGCUUGCUUUUAUCGGGUGGGGUGUUUUACUGAGUUUGUUGUUGGUGGUGUCCAGCAAAUUUGCGAAGGAAGAGCAUGCUGUGACUAUUCGUACCGCGACUGCAAAAUCAGUGUAUCAAUGGAUUGUCAAGCCACAGACUACUGUCAAGUUGAAUAAGAUGUUUAUUCCUGGUCGAAUGUCAUUUAUCUUCAACAUGGUUCCCUAUAAUGGGUCAUGGAAUUACAACAUCAAUGGAGUGAAGCAUAACACUAAUCUGACAUGUGGGAUAAAGCUGGGAUCGAUGGUGACACUGAGAAUAUCAGCUUGUUUGGUGGGAUACCUUCUAUCACGAAAGGGUUUGAAUCUCCUUUGGCAUGGAAGUCGCCUUGGCUUAUGAACUAUAUAUGAACUGAUUGGCAUCUGAUUGUUGCUUUUCAAUGCUGUAAGUUUUAUAAGUUACAAUGUAGGAAGUUUCUAUGAA